AGAUCUGUAGCGGAAGUGGUCCCUCUGUUUAUCUCAGUUCCUCCGCAGCUGUCCCUCAGACUCCCCCCGCCAUGGCCUCCUCUCCGCGGCCUGUUCUCCUCCUGCUCCUCCUCGGCCUUUCCUGGGCCUCCUGCCGGCUCCACAUCCCUCCUCAUGACCAGGUGGCCCGGGUGGCCCGCUUCAUCGCCCACCAGUGCGACUGGGCCUCCAUGGCCACUAUCUCCACCCACGCGCCGGUGGCGGGGCAGCCGUUCUCCAACGUGUUCUCUGUGAGCGACGGCCCCCCCGGCAGCAGCUCCGGGGUCCCCUACAUGUACCUGACCCACAUGGAGGUGUCUGUCCAGGACCUGCAGGUCCACCCCCAGGCGUCCCUGUCCAUGUCUCUGGCUCAGACUGACUACUGCAGGCUGCAGGGCUUCGACCCUCAGAGUCCGCUCUGCGCUCACAUCAUCCUGUCUGGAUCCGUGGUCCAGGUGAACGGGACGGAGGCGGACUAUGCGAAGAAGGCUCUGUUCAGCCGACACCCUGAGAUGAUCGACUGGCCCACAGACCACAGCUGGUUCUUCGCCAAGUUCAACAUCACCCAGGUCUGGGUUCUGGAUUACUUCGGAGGGGUGAAGACCGUCAGUCCUGACGAGUACUUCCAGGCUGCGCCGCACAGGAAGCAUCACUGAAGGAACCUUUGACCUGACCGAUGAAGAUGGAGCGAUGAUGAUGAUGAUCUUUCCUCAGGGACUGGAAGCUCUAAUGUUCUCUCUGCUCUGCAUCCAAUCAGCUCCCAGCUCUGAUUUCUGCUUCCUGUUCAGAUUAUUGAUUCAUUUCCAGGUUAAUCCAGAUUAAAACAUCAAAAUAAUAUUGAAUUAUCUGAAUCUCCAUUUAAAGUCAUUAUAAAUAUUUAGAUUGAUUAAAUAAUAACCUGAUCUCCCCUUUUACCCAGGAUGCCUGUAGGGCACCAGUUUAGGGCCACUAGGAAAAGUUUUAGUUCAGUUUAAUAUGGAAAAAAAAAUCAAAGUUGUGACUAAAUUCUGAAUUUAAUCUCAGGAUUCUGAGAUUAAAUUCAGAUUAAAGUCUUUCCUGAAAUAAAUAGUAGAAAUCAAUGAAUUAAUUUUUUCAGUGGCCCUAAUCCUGUAAUGUAGCAGAUUGACCACUAGAGGGAGACAUUGUACAGAGUAUUAAAGCACUUUAAUAUGUAGACGUUUCAUCCAAGCUGGAUUUUAGCCAAAGUGUUUGUGUGAAUCAGAGGUUCUCCUCCUCCUCCGUCUCCAGGGCGGACCUCAGCUUCUUCAGGAGGUCUCUCUCCACGCUGCGCCUCCUUUUUCCCGUGUUUUCGUUGAACUCUGACCUUUUGAAUGUGUGACGUGUUUGAUUGUAGCCGCUCUCAGAUUAAACAGUUUGAAAAUGAAAAACACAGAACCUGCAGCAGACAGUUUCUGUCUCUGACUACAUUUCCCAUGAUUCUCAGCGUUCAGGAGGCGCAGCCUGGCUUUAGAUUGUUUUUCCAGAUGAUUUCUCUCCUUUUUGGGAGGAUCAGCUGUUUGAGUUUCUCAGCUUGUGUUUCUAGAAUCAUCUUUGUUUUAUAUUUUGGAUCAGAUGAUAUUUUUGGAAGAUAAAUAAAGAUUUUUAAACAAAACGA